AUGGCUUGUGAAAAUAAAGGGUUAUAUCGGUUGCUUUGGAUUCCAUUUCCCUUAUUUGUAGUAGCUGGUGUAUCGUUACCGUUGUUUGGCCUGAUUAUUUGCUUCUUUGUAUCGACAUACAAUACUUUCGAUGAGGUUACGGAAUCCGUGUGUGGGGUAACCAAUUUUGUUCCAUCUAUCAGUGCUGUCACUGGGAUAAAACCUCAAAUAUAUUUAUGGCGCUACACAGUUGGGCUGCAUAGUGCACCACGUUUACUCCUUGCGUUUAUAUAUCUUCGAUACCAUAUGUCUUAUCACAAAAUGUUCAACCAGUCAUUGAUUUAUAAAAUUUUGACUGUUGUUGCAUUCUGUCUCAACCUUCUAGAUGUGGGUUCGUUUGUGGGAGUGGCUUUUGUAUCUAACCAAGAGAAUUACCCUCUCCAUGAACAUUUGUUCAUCGUUUUCCUGAUCGCUUCAACUGCCUAUAUGAUAGUCACUCUAGUGGUUCAUUGGAUAAUAGGAAUCACUUCUUGCACUCCGAGAUUCAAAUAUUCUUUCAACCUGAAGUCCCUGUUUUUCGGACUAGAUGUUUGCUUAAUCCUCUUGUUAGUCCACCAGUUCUACAACCAUAGGUUUACCUGUAAGGCAAACGCAUUUAGUUGGUUUUCAGCUAGUGAAUAUGGUAUCGCAAUUGCUAAUAUGGGAUUUCACCUAACCGCUGCAUAUGACUUUCAGGAUGUGGCUUUAACAACCAUAACUUUUAAACCUUCUACUGAAUAG